GAAAUAUAUUAUUUUCAUAAAUUUUAAAUCUUCAGAAAGAAGAAAAAAAACUUUUUUUUUUCUGCACCACGAAAUCGCCAUGGAUGCAGCACCACAACCGCGCAAGCACAUCGCCGUCCUCGCCUUCCCAUUCACCACCCACGCCGCCCCGCUCCUCUCCCUCGUUCGCCGCAUCUCCGCCGUCUCCGUCGCCGGAGAAAUCCGCUUCCAUUUCUUCAGCACCCGCCGUUCCAACGCCGCCCUCUUCUCCGGCGACGGAGGAGGCGGGGACGUCGAGGCCCAUGACGUGUGGGACGGUGUCCCUGAAGGCCAUGUGUUCUCCGGCGACCCGGACGAGGCCGUCGGAAUGUUUCUCCGGUCGGCGGUGGAGAGUUUCAGGGCGGCAAUUGCGGCGGUGGGGGUUGAGUUCAGGUGCUUGCUCACCGAUGCUUUCUUGUGGUUCGCGGCGGAGCUGGCGGAGGAGAUGCACGUGCCGUGGGUCCCGUUCUGGACGGCGGGGCCACGUGCCAUGCUCGUCCACGUGGACGUCGUUAAUAUUCGUAAUCAAAUGGGUUUUAACGGUCCUGGAGACAAGACGCUAGAUUUCCUUCCUGAUUUCUCGUCUGUACGGACGGUGGACUUACCUUCGGGAAUAAUCUCCGGCGACACCGAAGCCACGAUCCCGUCGCUUCUCAACAAGUUAGGCGCGUACCUCCCACGCGCCGCCGCCGUAGCCACGAACUCCUUCGAGGAAUUGGACCCCGUCGUGGUCGAGACCCUCAAAUCGAAGCUCACGAGAUUCCUCAACAUUGGCCCCUUGGCCCUGACUUCGCCGCCUCCGCACGUCUCCGACGAUGAACACCGAUGCCUCGAGUUUCUCUCCGGCAAGAAUCCGGCGACCGUCGCUUACAUCAGCUUCGGAAGCCUGAUCGUUCCUCCGCCGCCGGAGAUCUCCGCUCUCGCUGGAGCUCUGGAGGAGAGAAAGAUUCCGUUUUUAUGGUCAUUCAGAGGAAACCCAGAUGAGAUUUUCCCGGAAAGUUUCCUCGAGAGGACGAAAGGUCUGGGAAAGUUCGUUCCUUGGGCUCCUCAGCUUCGUGUCCUUCAGAAUUCAUCGGUCGGCGUGUUCAUAACUCACGGGGGUUGGAACUCAGUGACGGAGAGUGUCAUCGGAGGAAUUCCAAUGAUUUGCCGGCCGUUCUUCGGCGACCAGACAUUGAAUGUACGGACAGUGGAGGCUGUCUGGGGGAUUGGGAUAGGUGUUGAAGGCAACGUCUUCACGAAAGGGAGCACGUUAAAGGCGUUAGAAGCGGUGCUUGUAAGCAAGAAAGGAGGAGUAAUGAGGGAGAAUCUACGUAAACGGCGUGAACUGGCGUUUGCAGCUGUGAAACCAGGGGGUACCUCUUCUGAGAAUUUCAAGACUUUGGUAGAUAUUAUCACUCAGUAGAAGCAAAAAAAAAAAAAAAAAAAGACCAGUGUUCCACUAGCUUGUGUUUUGUCUGUGUUUUUUCCACGGUGAGAGGUGUGCUGUCUGAAAGAAAUAAAAUUUUCAAGGUUUGUUUGGUGUUAUAAAGAUAGAUCGGCAAAUCUUGGGUUGGUUUUGUUGAA